GCCAUGAGAACCAUGAACGUGAAUGGCAGCAGAUUGUGGGUGUGAGAUUACCUCAAACUCACCGUCUUGGUUUCAGAUUGUCAGGCAGCCGCAGGCGACAUGUCGAGCUGUGGAAUUUGGUCAGGAUUAUUGUUUCUAAAAAACUUUUCAUUUAGAGGCAACUCGCAUCUUCUCCUCCUUGGUCUUAUGAUUGCCUCCGGUAUGACCCUCACCUCACAUUUCCAAGCGCUCGGGGUGAGCUGCAAGUCAAGGAACAUUUCUGCAGAAUUCAGCCACUGUGUGAUUCACCCUGACGGAGUCCGUGGUUUAACCUGUUUUGGUAAAUAUACAUUACGUGAUAAGAAAAACUGUACAUGGAAACCGGGAGACCACACAUGGGGGAAGAAGUACACAGUCAUCUCACAACAGAGCAGCAAAAAACACUGCCAAAUAUACAAUGACAUCACUAAUUUUCAUGGAGAGAUCAUAUUAUUUAAAGGUCACAACCUAACCGUGAUGGUUUUUGAAAAUGCUGCAUCAACAAAUUGCACAAAAGCUAUUUUAAAAGCUUCCCCACAGAACCUGUGGCAUUGUGGUCCUCCGAAUAACGUGUUCAUCAGGCGUCACUCUGGAGGACUUUAUGUAAAUGUGAGCUGGAGCAAGGAAGAUGCAAAGCUCGUCAACAACUUCACAGUGAGAUAUAAAGAACUGGGAAGCCCCCCAUGGACUGAGUUAAACGUUAAAUCUCAGAAUGGAAACACAUGUAUGGUGAAGAAUCUAAACUCCUCACUGGUCUACAUUGUGCAGAUACGAUGUGUCACCAGUGAGAAAUGCUCACAGUGUCCGUGGAGUGAACCUUACACCGUCCCAUCAGAGCUCACUAUGCAGCCUGUUAUUGUCAAGUUCCAAGAUACUGAUGUUGUGCAGCUAACAGGCCGCCGGCUGAUUUCUGUAACCUGGAAGUUUUCUGCAAAAGAGUGGUAUGAUGGCUACCAUGUGAGCUUUGGGAAAGUGUCAGGAGAGCCGCCAUAUGAGAAGAUGAGCAUCACUCAGCCUGAGAUCCGACUCAUUCUCUCGUCUUCAGCUUAUCAGCUCAACAUCAGCGCCUACAACAAUGCAAGCAUCUCGCCGGCUGUGAGCCACACAAUACCACAACGUGAAGACAUGCCAGGUGUAGAAGAAGGGAGGCUGAAUGUGACGGUUCGUAAUAAUACAUCUUUUACCAUCUACUGGAAAGAUGACAUGACCAAAGUAUAUAGCUGCUAUUCUGUGGAGUGGAAGAAAAAGGGGCAUACAGGGUUGUACAAGUCUUUCCAUCAGAACUCCGAAAACUACAAGACUUUGACAUCUUUACCAGAGCCUUUUGAGCCUUAUCAGAGAUACAGCAUCUCUCUGCACAUGCGACCAAACAAAAACACCUGCAACAUGAAGCGCAUCAACAACAGUGAGAGCACCUACGGGAGCACACAGUUUUAUUUCAUUGAAGGAUCUCCUGUCAGUGCUCCCACAAACAUCAGCUGCCAUAACGUGACAAUGAACUCAGUGGUGUUGCAGUGGAUGUCCAUCCCAGAUGAAGACAUCAGAGGUUUCCUACAGGGUUACAUAAUCCACUACACCGAGUAUCACAACAGGGAAAUGAGUACAGAAACCAAUCUAACCAUAGAUCCACAGUUCAACAGCUACAAACUGGGAGAGCUCAAAAGUGGUACAACAUACCAGGUCCAGAUAUCCGGCUUCACCUCUGCAGGUGUAGGAGUGAGAAGUACUGCAAGUUUCUUUAAAACAGACCAUGAAGGACAUUUUGACCGCAGCAGCCUCAUCAUAGUCUUUGCAGUAGUGGCCACUGUGCUGAUGUUUGGAUCGCCAAUAAUAAAAAGAGCAAAAGUCGUCCUGUGGCCAAGCAUACCCAGCCCUGGAAGCAGCCACGCAGUGCAGAAAUUAGAUGGGCCCUGUCAACAGAAACUUCUUGGGGCAAUUGCUACUCUAAAGGUGGAAGAAUGGGACACAAAAAGUCUUCAGAUACUUGAGAUGGAAGCUGUGAUCCCUUCUGUGAACCUACCAUCACUGCAACCUCUUCUCAAUACAAGGGAGGACGAGGGAGAUUCAUCAGAAAGGACGUGUAACUGGAUGCAAGAGGACGUAGACAGCACAAUUGGAGAUAUCGCAACUGAUGAUCCAACAGACAUUUUCUUGGACACGCAAAGGCCAGACCUCCAAAUAUCUCCUUUGGCAUUUUCAAGUGACUAUACCACGAUGGCAAUGUUCCAGCAGCUGAUGCCGCACAGCCUCGCAGCAGAUCCAGCUGUUACUCCAGCUGAGGAGAGCGAGGCAGAGGACCUAACUGUGGUGAAGCCAGGAAUAGACUACGUGAGACAAUUUAGCACCAGUCCAACUUCAGACAGUGAGGACAUGUCCACGAUGGAUUUAAUGAAGAAUGAAAGCUGGACUGCAGAAUAUAAACUGCAAGAAACACUACACUGACCUGUUUUUUUUUUAGCCUUUAUUUAACCAGGUUACAACAUUAAAACGUACUCACAUAAAACCCGUUCACACAAACAAGGUAGAAUAAUUUCACCAGAGCUUGAAACUCAUGCAGUGUAAUAAGGGCUUUCAGUUGUAGUUCAUGCAAGUAUUUUGGAAAAAAUUAUGACUGGUAUCCCGACUGAUUCUGACUCCAGUCACAAUCAGCUGUUUGGAGCAGUUAUAUAAUCAAUACAAUAUAAUCAAUACAAUGCAGCAAUACUGAGUGAACUGUUAAAGCAGAGGUCAAAAAGGUUAAACAGUUCAUAGAAAACAGACAUCCUACUUCUCAAUUGUGCUUCCAGCCCUGAACAUUAGGUUUAAUUCCUAAGUCGCAUUUGUAGGAGCCAUAUGCUGGGUUAUUUAUUUCCCACUUAAAGUGCGUGUGCACAUGCGUAGCGACCCCACCGGUGAUUGUGGGUGGCACCAAGGGUGUGUUGAGGUUAAUAAUGAGUGUGCUCACCUGUGUUGGUUUGGGGCCUGGAGCAUGGAGACAGGGUGAGCUUGAGGUGAAGUUUUCUGUUAACAGUCUUUAUCAUUGUCACUGUUAUCAUCGCUAAUGUUAUUGUCUAUAUUAAUAUCUUAUUUGACGAUAUCAUUGAUAUAACCUAAUAGAUCUUGAAGUGUAUCAAAGAAAAUAUUGAUUGUAAUAUGGAUAUAACAUAAUAAAACAUCAUG